UAAUCGAAUAGCCUCAUAUUGACUACCUUGUCCAUUCUUUCUUGUUACCGCAUUGCGCCUUUUCAUCAUGGCGGAGUAUCUUGCAUCGAUUUUCGGAACCGAAAAAGACAAGGUAAACUGUUCAUUUUACUUCAAAAUUGGUGCUUGUCGUCAUGGGGACAGAUGUUCAAGGUUGCAUAACAAACCAACUUUCAGUCAAACAAUUUUGCUUCAGAACAUGUAUCAAAACCCACAAAACCAAGCAGCAGUAGCUGACGGCUCAACAAGCAUAAUGACUGAUGUUGAAGCCCAAGAGCAUUAUGACAGAUUUUUUGAAGAUGUGUUUUUGGAAAUGGAAGAAAAAUAUGGAGAUGUUGAAGAAAUGAAUGUUUGUGACAACUUGGGAGACCAUCUGGUUGGAAAUGUCUACAUAAAGUUUCGCUAUGAAGAAGAUGCAGAAAAGGCAGUUACAGACCUGAACAACAGAUGGUACAAUGCUCAACCAAUUUAUGCUGAACUUUCCCCAGUAACGGAUUUCAGAGAAGCUUGUUGCAGACAAUAUGAGAUGGGGGAGUGCACUCGUGGUGGCUUCUGCAAUUUUAUGCAUCUUAAGCCAAUUUCAAGGGAGCUCAGACGCCGACUGUAUGGAAGACGACGUGGCGGAGCUGGUGUUGGUGGAGGAAGACCAAUGGAAAACUCUCCUGGUCGCUGGUCGCUCUCCACCACGAAGAAGAGGCCGCUCUCGCUCAAGGUCGCCUCGAUAUCGACGCAACCACAGGUCUCGUAGUCGAUCAAGAAGUAGAUAGAUGCACGCAGUUUCAAGAUGCCAAUUGACGACUUACCGACGGAGUAAACUGAAAUAUGAACAACUUGUAGCUUAGGUUUAGAGCAGAAAAGCUUUUUUUAAUUACUUGGUCCUUGUUUAAGAUCCUUGUUGGAUUUUUUCUUAUUUUCUUGUGAUCUGUGUUGAAGAAGUAAAAUGUUCCAA